AUGUUCAACUUCCUCAAAAGUUCAUGCCUUCUAUGUUUCCUCUUGCUAUCCUUUGAUGUUUCUGUGAGUUUAUCUGCUUCACUCAGAGACUUCACUUCUUGCUUGGAUAAUCACAACAUCAAAAACUUCACCACCUUCCCUUACAAAGAACAUGAUCAAUCCUCUGCCUAUAAUUACUUCAAAAUUCUCAAUUUUUCCAUUCAAAACCUUCGGUUUGCAGAAUCUGUGGUUCCUAAGCCAAUAGCCAUUAUACUGCCAGAGAGUUUGGAGCAGCUACAGAAAAGUGUUGCAUGCUGUAGAGAAGGCUCCUUGGAAAUCAGAGUAAGAUGUGGUGGACAUAGCUAUGAAGGGACUUCCUAUGUUGCUGAUGAUGGGACUAUUUUUGUCAUUAUUGACAUGAUGAAUUUAAACCAUGUUUGGGUGGAUAUGGAGACAGAGACAGCGUGGGUUGAAGGUGGAGCAACAUUGGGAGAGACUUACUAUGCAAUCUCUCAGGCAAGCAAUAAACAUGGAUUCUCAGCUGGGUCAUGUCCAACUGUAGGAGUUGGAGGGCAUAUUGGUGGUGGUGGAUUUGGCUUGUUGUCUAGAAAAUAUGGACUUGCAGCAGAUAAUGUGGUGGAUGCCCUUCUUGUUGAUGCCAAUGGAAAAUUGUUAGACCGUGAAACAAUGGGAGAAGAUGUGUUUUGGGCUAUUAGAGGAGGAGGGGGUGGCCUUUGGGGUAUUGUUUAUGCUUGGAGAAUCAAGGUGUUGGAAGUGCCACAAAUUGUAACUAGUUUCGUUGUCUCUAGAACAGGCACAAAAAGUUAUGUUGCCAAGCUUGUACACAAAUGGCAAUAUGUGGCACCCUACUUGGAAGGUGACUUCUACUUGUCAUGCUUUGUUGGUGCUGGUUUGCCUGAAGCUAAAACUAUAGGCUUAUCAGGAACAUUUAAAGGGUUUUAUCUUGGUCCUAGGGCCACUGCCUUAUCUAUCCUAAACCAGACUUUUCCUGAAUUGGGUGUUGUAGAAGAAGACUGUAGAGAAAUGAGUUGGAUUGAGUCAAUUGUUUUCUUCUCUGGCCUAAGUGAUGGAGCCUCAGUCUCUGACUUGAAGAAUAGGUAUAUGCAAGAUAAACAAUAUUUCAAGGCCAAAUCAGAUUUUGUGAAAAACCAUGUUCCUCUUGUGGGCAUAAAAACUGCACUGGACAUCCUUGAAAAGGAGCCUAAAGGGUAUGUCAUUCUGGACCCUUAUGGUGGGAUGAUGCAUAAUAUAAGCAGUGAAUCCAUUGCUUUUCCCCACAGAAGAGGAAACCUGUUUACAAUUCAGUACCUGAUCUACUGGGAAGAAACUGACAAUGAUAAAAGCAGUGGUUAUAUUGAUUGGAUAAGAGGGUUCUAUGCUACUAUGACUCCCUUUGUUUCAUGGGGUCCAAGGGCUGCAUACAUUAAUUACAUGGACUUUGACCUUGGAGUAAUGAAGCUGAUUAGCAAUGUUGCUAAUAUGAAAGAUGCUGUGGAUUAUGCAAGGGUUUGGGGUGAAAAGUACUUCCUGAGUAACUAUGACAGAUUGGUAAAGGCCAAGACUCUGAUUGAUCCCAACAAUGUUUUCAACAAUGAACAAGGCAUUCCUCCGAUAUCGUUUGCCAGUCCCAAUGCCAAAGGACUGAGUACAUAA